AAAAAUAGGGUCUCGAUGAUGGUAGAAACUCGAGCUCCUUGGUCCGCGCUAGGUCAAUGCUGCAACAUUCCGAGAUUUCACGGACUUUUGAGUCAAAGCGGGGCCAACUUGUCAAACACUCACAAACUUUACAGGGAACGUCCACCCUUAGGCGAAGUGGGGGGCAAACAACGACCACUAUGAACUUGUUUGCAUCCGAACGAGCCAAAUCUGAUGUGGGCGUUGGUCUCUAAGGCUUCGGCCCGAAGACCCGGCGCGAGUUGUCCAUUUCAGGUGCACCGGCAACCAUGUAUCUACUGACAGCCAUGGCAGUGCUUUGUGAACGUUGAACUUCGACCAGAACUAUCAUGACUGCGAAAUUCGUAGCAGAGGUGAUUGAUUCGACCGCUGUGUUCAAGGAGACUAUCUUCGAUGGCAAGGUCUUGUUUUGCACUGGAGGUGGUUCUGGUAUCUGUAAGCGCAUGACCGAAGCUGUGAUGCGACAUGGCGCAAAUUCUGUGAUUGUGGGAAGGAACCUUGAUCGCCUCACGACGUCUGCGGAGGAGUUGUCCAACGCAACCGGUAGAACGUGUAUUCCAGCUAAGGCAGACGUUAGGGAGCCGAACCAACUCCGUGAUGCAGUCUCCAAAGCGAUCACCAAGUUCGGAAGAAUCGACUUUGUUAUAUGUGGCGCAGCUGGAAACUUCCUAAGUCCCAUUUCAGGUCUAUCUGAGAAUGGUUUUAAGACAGUCAUGCAGAUCGACACGGUAGGUGUCUGCGCAAGCUAUUACAUCAAGUCGUUUGACAAAGCGAAUCAGAUGGGGACAUUCAAUACUAUCAAAGCAACUGUGCCCCACCUGAGGGUAACCAAAGGAGCCUACAUCCAUGUAUCUGCCACCUUGCACUACAGAGCGACGCCGUUCCAGGCUCACGUAUCUGCCGCGAAGGCUGCUGUCGAUGCUCUAUCUGCUGUCUUGGCCAUCGAGGAAGGACCAUAUGGAAUCCGCUCCAAUGUCAUUGCACCCGGACCCAUCGGCGGCACAGAAGGAUACGACCGCUUGAGCGCCAGCGAUCCUCACGAGCCGGAGGGGUAUGUCCAGAAGGUGUACAAUCGCACGAUGCCUUUAGGCAGAGUGGGUCACGUCCAAGACAUCGCAAAUGCUGCGGUUUUCUUGUUUAGUGACGCCGCUAAUUUCAUCACGGGACAAGUUCUACCUGUGGAUGGGGGAAAUGAACACCUCCGAGAACCAUUUUUGCCAUACCCUGACUGCAUUUUGGAUUCAGAGAAGGCGAAAUCUUUGAUCAAGCCUCGACUUUGAUAACGUCACAUCUUGAGUAGCUAGCUAGCCACACGCUGUCCAGAAUAAAUGUUUAUUUUCGCCUAUAGCUGUUCCAUUUUUGAGAGUGUCCUAUUAAGCGAAGGACGAACAGUGGAGAUUUAUCAUCUGGAGUGUGGAGAGCGUGAGAAAAUCCCCAAUGUCACAGUAAAAAUGGUCAACAUCGACCUCGAACCCAUCGAAACAGGUAAUUGAACAUCCAAUGCGAGACAGGGGUAUUGCCAACGCCGUUCCUAUCACUCGGUGACAUUAUUGCAGGAUUUCUGUUGUACUUACGCGACUGCGACGAUCAUUAAGUCGUGGAAGGACGGCCCUUUCCGUCUCUUGGGAACAGAGGAAGUCGAAAGAUUGCUCGACGGUGUGGGGCGACAAGGUUUGCAGAUCGAAGAGCAUGGGUGUAUCCAAUACGGAGGCAAAUCAAAUGCGGGGUGAGAGUAAAUCAUUGUCUUCUGACACGGGGAGGUUGUCGGAUGAGAAAGAUUGACACGUUAUGGAGGUCGGAGUCGUCCGCGAACAGUCUAUGAACAAGGAACAGUGGAAGUUCAACGUUCCAUG